AUGGCCACUACCAAAACCGAGAAUCUCCCUGGCGAACUACGCUACGUACAAUACGAACAUGCUCUCGAAGCUCAAUAUUUACCCGCGAUCCGGGCCUUGAUCUCCAAGGACCUGAGUGAGCCUUACAGCAUCUAUGUGUACCGAUAUUUUCUUUGCCAAUGGGCACACCUCUGCUUCAUGGCACUAAACCCAGUCGACUCAUCCCUCAUUGGUGUUAUUGUGUGCAAGCUGGAAAUCCAUGCCUCGCACUCCAACCCAACCCGCAGAGGUUAUAUCGCCAUGUUGGCUGUUGCCUCUGACUUCCGUGGCCAUGGCAUUGCUACAACCCUUGUUAAAAAGGCCAUUGACGCCAUGACAAAACGCAACGCCGAUGAGAUUGUUCUCGAGACGGAAGAGACAAACGUUGCCGCUAUGCGAUUAUACGAGCAGCUUGGUUUUCUGCGUACCAAGAAACUGCACCGCUACUACCUAAAUGGCAACAGCGCAUAUCGGCUUGUUCUGCCUCUCAAAUACAUCGACCUCGACGCUGGACCAAACGACCUUGAGAUCAUCGACGUCUAA